UGGCGGUACUGAGAACUAUUUUAAAUGAUUAACAGAAGGAAGAAAACUAUUAGAACCAAGCCACAAGACUUCUGCCUGAUGCUAAACGAAUUUAGCCAAUGCCUCAAACUGAAGUACUGGACAUUGAUGGAGAACAAAUUAUGCAUGAAAUUAUACACAUGCCAUCUGAUGGAAGCUGUUUAUUUCACUGCAUUGCAUACUGCCUACUAGGCCGUAUCGAUACUGUUGCCAGUAUGCGAGUACGAUCAGAUGUGGUCAAUGUGGUUUGUGCAAAUUGGCCGGAAUAUCAGCAUUGGACUUGUAAUGAGACUGGUGAAAAUUAUAGCUCAAUAGAGGAUUAUCGUAAUGAUAUGGCACAAACAAAUACUUAUGGUGCCGCAUCAGAAUUGAAAGCCGCCGCUUUGUUAUAUAGAUUACAGUUUGAAAUUUUUACCAGAGGUAAACGUAUCAUCACUUUUGGACAGCCAAUGUAUCCUAUAAAACGUAUACGAUAUUUUGGACAUGCUGCUACUGGACAUUAUGAUGUAUACAGGGAGAUAACUGAUGACAGUGAUGACAGUACCGUCAUAGAUUCUACACAAAUAAAACUGUCCAAAAUAAAUAAACAUUAAAAUAUUGUAGAAUAGGAAUAAUUUCAAAUAUUUUUGAAAGAACUUUCAAAAUAUGUAAACUUUAAUUAUGAUCCAAAAGCAAUAUGAUGAAGCAAAUUUAGAUUUGGAACUUGAACCUAAAACGCCUCGAGGUCAGAGAACAAGCCAUGCAAACAAUAAGAACUGCAAUCGAAAUUCUUUAUAUUUGUCAACGUGCCUGCAGAACCAACGACCUAAUGACCUCUUUUACUGCCAGCACAUAGAGUGGAGAAACCAACGAACACAAAGUGAAAGUAUCUUUUUUUGUAUGCAACACAAAAUUUAACGCAGUUGAACAUGCAACAUACGUUUUUGGUGUGGUAAUGACGUCAAUGAAUUAACUUCGGUACCGCACUCUUAUAUCCUGUAAUAUUUUGUAACAACAAUUUAAAACAGAACUAAUGUCGUCAAAUUGAAUUUUUGUUACAUUUGCACUA